AUGGUCCGUCGCAGAAGGUCUAGGCGAGUGAAGCCCAUUAAGGUGUCUGAAGAAACACCGAGAGGUGACGCAAAUGAACCACAAGAAAGUGCUGUUUCGACUAAUCCCGUAGAUAAAGCCCGAGUUGCCACGUCUCAGUCUCAAACUCGAGAAAGUGAAUCGGUAUCGGGAGGUGGAGUGCCACAUGUCCCACGUCGUAGACCCGAAACGUCAUUUGAACUCUUGUGUGAGGACGAUGACGAGAAUUAUGUGGGGUCUAGUCAAGCUGAUCUACCCACACCAAGCCAGUCUUAUCAAAUUCAACCUGGAGAAAUGCCUCGGCCUUCUUAUGAAUGCACUCGUCGACCCUCAGCUUCGCCGACACAUAGCACUGCCAAAUCUCCUACGAUGUCGCAGAACCUUAAUGCAGCCAUGUCAUCUGAGGCUUCAGGAACGCUUGCAGAAAUCGUCACGCAUUCACGCUCCAUGCCAAAUACACCUGCUGUUUGUGCAAAAAGACCCCGAUCAGAAGGAAUUCUCCAGUUGUCUUUGACUGGUCCAGAAACUGAGAUCUCUACGCCUUUUAAAGUGGAGCCUCAACAAGUGACUCAUGUCAUUCAUGGCACCGCUCCUCAACCAACAAGAAACUUGCGAGCUCAAUGGUCACAAAUCCAACAUGCGGAAAUGAUUCAUCAAGUGCCUACGACUGACACUCAACCGAUGUCCAUCUCACGGCCAACACAGGGAUAUCAUUCGACGAUGGGCCCCGAAGAAGUGCCGCACGCAUCACAAGGCCCCGCUCCCCAAACGCAAACUCCUUCUCGCCGUUUGUCACAGAACCCCUAUACCCAAACCCGUGACCAAAAUUCUCUGACUCGUAUUCAACCGAUGUCCACCUCACGGCCAACACCACGACGUUAUUCAGCGGUGAGGACUCGAGAAACGGCGCGUCCAGUACGUGACCACGCUCCUCGAACGUUUUCCCACAGGCAAACCCCACCUCGCCGUUUGUCACAGAACCUCUAUACCCAAACCCGUGACCAAAAUUCUCUGACUCGUAUUCAACCGAUGUCCACCUCACGGCCAACACCACGACGUUAUUCAGCGGUGAGGACUCGAGAAACGGCGCGUCCAGUACGUGGCCCCGCUCCUCAUUACAUGGACGAUAAUGAUACCUAUGUGAGGUCUAGUAAAUCUCUACUACCCACACCAAGCCAGUCUUCUCAAAGCCAACCACGAGAAAUGCCACGGCCUUCUUAUGACUGCACUCGUCGACCCUCAGCUUCUCCGACACAUACCACUGCCAAUUCUCCUGCAAUGUCACAGAACCUUAAUAGAUCCAUGUCAUCCGAGGCUUCCGGAACGCUGCCUUCAUUUCAUGACACCACUCAUCAAACGUUGGCUCACUCGCGAUCUCCAUCUCAGCAACUUCCACCUCCAACUGUGUGCCCUCAGUUCAGUAAUGCUCCUUCCCAACCGUCAACAUCAUUUCCACCUACCCCUCUCGAUUCUGCUACGUCAAGGUCACCUACGUCCACCCAAUCGCCUUUGAAAUGCCCAAGUAGUACAUCCGCCUUGCCACCUACACCUACACAUUCUUCGCAGCUACGUCUAGCUGAAAGGAAUCCCAGCUUUCGUUUGACCAGUCCUCAACCACCUGCUUCCUUGCCGUCUACGUCUGGACCUCGCUCGAUUGUUGUGCAUCCAAAACUCUCCCCCCCAGAUUUCGACGCCUCUUCUCCGUCUACACUGUCUCAGCCGACAACUUCUGAACAAUGCUCUGAGAGCCACUCUACUGAAAUGCAGCCUCAGCCUUCUGCGACUUCAUCUCAAACUCCAACAAACCCGCAACUCCUCUCCAUGGAGACUUCCAUGCAAACUAUGCCAACCCCACAGAUAUUGCAUACCACUGACGAGCACUUCGACAUGCUCACCGAUCCAGACCUAGCUUAUUCCAGUGAAUCAUUACCCUCUACGUCGCAAAGUGAUCAAAAAUCACAGAAUGCUGAAAUGCAAUGGGAACAGCAUGGGUUGAACUUUUCCGAAAUGUGCAUGCGCAAAUGG